CUGACGGCUGGCCUGGCGGUGACCGCGAGCAAAAGCAAAAACGAAACACGUCAGUAUUUCGGAUCGGUGACCAAGCGGAGGAUAAAAAGUGUUUCUUUUCGGAACCCUUUUGUGCCGUGUGUGCCAUCUCCGUUAGUGCCCUCUACUUCUCUCAUGGAGAAUCGAUAAAUUAAUUGCAUUGCAUCAGCGUGGUGGAUAAUCGAUCCUGACAACGAUCGACCGACAACAAUCCUACGUGUCGUUUUCGUUCAAAGCAAUUUCCGGGUGCGGGGGAAAGCCACCCCAGAAGUGAAAGUGCCGAAAAUUGCUCUGUUUAUAGUGGAAAAAGUUAAUCGAAAGGCAGCUGCUAAAUGAUGAAACAGCAAAAUUGGUUUGGUGGAGGAAGCUCGGCUCUGCUGCUUUCUGCGGUUAUGUUGGCCACAUUCCUGAGUCCUAGUCAUGGUGCCGCCGUUAUGUCGGUUGAUUUGGGCAGCGAGUGGAUGAAGAUUGGCGUCGUGUCGCCGGGCGUUCCGAUGGAGAUUGCCCUGAAUAAGGAGUCCAAGCGGAAAACACCGACGGCGAUUGCUUUCCGAAAUGGGGACCGCCUCAUCGGCGAAGACGCACAGACCCUAGGCGUUCGGUUUCCAGCCAACAACUAUGGCUACCUGGUAGAUUUACUGGGCAAGACAAUCGAUAACCCGAUGGUGGAACUGUACAGGAAACGUUUUCCCUACUAUGACAUUAUCGAAGACCCAACGCGCAAAACGGUCGUGUUCAAAAAUGGAGAUGAACAGUACACAAUCGAAGAGCUGGUCGCUCAAUUACUGCAAGUGGCCAAAGGAUACGCCGAAGACUCCACCGGUCAGACAAUUACCGAGUGCGUCGUUGUCGUGCCUGGUUUCUUCGGACAAGCUGAACGGCAAGCGCUGAUUACCGCUGCCAAGCUGGCGAAUCUAAAAGUGUUGCAACUAAUCAACGACUACACGGCCGUUGGUCUCAAUUAUGGCAUCUUCCGGCGGAAGGAGUUCAACGAAACGGCACAGUACUUCGUGUUCUACGAUAUGGGAGCGUCCAAGACGACUGCUUCGGUGAUUAGUUACCAACUGGUCAAGGACAAGGCGACCAAGGAAAUUCUGCCUGUUGUUCAAGUGCUGGGAGUUGGUUACGACCGAACCCUCGGUGGAUUGGAAAUGCAAGUUCGAUUAAGAGACUACCUGGGGCGGGAAUUCAACAAAAUGAGCAAAAGCGACGUAUUUUCGAAUCCUAGAGCAAUGGCCAAGCUUUUCAAAGAAGCUGGCAGACUGAAGAACGUACUAAGCGCCAACAGCGAGCACUAUGCCCAAAUCGAAGGUCUUUUGGAUGAGCAAGACUUCCGUUUGUUGGUGACUCGGGACCAGUUCGAGGAGUUGUGCAAAGAUCUUUUCGCUAGAAUCACUGCUCCAAUUGACAAAGCGCUAUCUCAGGCGGGAUUAUCGCUAGAUAUUGUCAAUCAGGUUGUUUUGUUCGGAGGUAAUACUCGUGUCCCCAAGGUACAGGAUAUAUUGAAGGCGCAUAUAAAGCAGGAACUGGCGAAGAACGUGAAUGCCGAUGAAGCUGCCUGCAUGGGAGCGGUUUAUAGAGCAGCGGAUUUGGCCACCGGGUUCAAGGUGAAGAAGUUCGUUGUCAAAGAUGCAGUACUGUUCCCCAUUCAGGUCGUGUUUGCUCGAGAGGGAGAAAGUGGUAGCACCAGAUUUGUUCGGAGGACACUUUUUGGUGCAAUGAAUUCAUACCCCCAGAAAAAGGUGAUAACAUUCAACAAACACACGGACGAUUUUGAAUUUGCCGUUGAUUACGCUGAAUUGGAUUUGGUUGUUGGUAAAGACGAGAUUGCAAACUUGGGUUCGUUGAAUCUCACUAAAGUAAGUCUGACGGAAGUAGCAAAAAAACUUAAUGCUAACAAGGCUGAUAAUGUGGAAUCCAAGGGAAUAAAGGCUCAUUUUAUAUUGGAUGACUCCGGUUUGUUCUCGCUGGCUAACGUUGAGUUAGUUUUAGAGAAAACAGUUAAGGAGGAUGAUGAAAGUACUUUACAAAAGUUAGGCAACACAAUAAGCAAGCUGUUUUCCGGAGACUCUGAUGAGGAGAAAUCGACUUCAACGGAGGAAACACCCAAAGAAGAAGAGCAAGAGGAAGAGAAGAAAUCUGGCGAUGAUAAAUCGGCCAAUGCCACCAACGCUGAGAACGCUACUGUUUCGGGUGGCAACGACGGAGCUAAAAACAAAACGGAGAAACCGAAAAUAGUAACUAUCAAAGAACCGAUCCCAUCCAACGUAGAAGUAUUGUACAUUUCACCAUUAGAAGGAUCCCAAUACGACGCCUCUGUUAACAAAAUUAAGAGCCUCAAUGAGGUUGAACAAUCAAAGAAACGACGCGAAACUGCAUUGAACGCUUUGGAAAGCUUUGUCAUUGACGCCCAGGUUAAAUUGGACGAGGAAGAGUAUUCUUCGUGUGCCACUUCAGAGGAAGCCGACUCGAUACGGAAACACUGCUCUGAAAUCUCAGAAUGGUUGUACGAGGAUGGAUCCGAUGCAGACGCCGACACCUACGAAAAAAAGUUGGAUGAACUGAGAACAGUGGCAAAUGAGGUUUAUGCGCGGCACUGGGAGCACAAAGAAAGGCCUGAAGCUUUGAGCGCCCUCAAGAAAAUGAUCGAAGGUGCUGAUGGAUUCCUAGAUAAGGCGCGUAACUUUACAAAGGAAGGCAAUCCAGAAAAGGAUGUUUUCACUCAGGUGGAGAUUGACACAUUAGAGCGAGUGAUCAAAGAAACUAUCGAAUGGGAGAAAGUCGAAACCAGCGAACAAAAGAAGUUGGCUCGUAAUAAGCCAGUGCGUCUGACGGUCAAGGAUAUCACCGACAAGAUGGCCUUAUUAGACCGUGAAGUUAAGUACCUAGUGAACAAAUUGAAACUUUGGCGGCCAAAGGUGAAGCCAACCCCGCCACCUAAGGUGGAAAAGAAUUCUAGUAAGCAGGAAGAGCAACAGACAGAUGAACCUGUGGUCGAGGAUGAGGAACAGGUGAUUGAAGAAACGCCAAAGCAAAGCAACGAAGAGGCAGCAUCCAGCGAGGAGCAGCAGUAUGAUAAUCAGGACAUAAACCCCAGUAAAACGGAAGAGCCUAGUGACGAUCAGCACACCGAGCUGUAAGGUAAGACAGCUUCGUCGAUAAGGUUAGCACAAAUUCAUCUAUCCUCCACUUCACGAUUUGCUUAAUCCGUUCCGUUAGUUAUUUAUUAAACAAUAAUUUUGUUGAUUAGUACCUCAACCAUCCGUUACCGUUUCUGUUUCUGAUCAACUUUUUUGCACUGAAUCAAAUAUUUUGAGAUAAGUGCAGAGAUUUCGAAUUUCUUUGGACUCCAAAUUUAAAAAUGUACCAUUCCGAAGUGUGAUGGUUUCUUGUUCUUGUGUUAUGGUGCAACAUGGUCGGAAUAAUCAACAACCAGAACACGAAACGAUGCUAGGAGCUACCGCUUUGUAUUCAAUUGAAGCUGACAAGAAAAAGUGAUAUGCUAUAGGUAAGGCUUAUAUAAUUGAUUGAAACACUGUAAAUGUCGAGUCGACAAGCCGAAGCUGGACGGCAGAAUAUUGACUUAAAACAAAGGAAUACGAAAUUUCUCUAGAAGGACUGAA